ACCAGAGAGAGGCUAGGAUAGCUCUCAUAGCAGCCCUGGUUUUGUGAGUGAAAUCCUAGUUAGGAGAGGGGAGCGUCAGAGCAUGAGCAGGCACUGCAGAAGAACGAUGACCCUUGGUCAGCAUCCAUGACAUGUUUGCUGGGGGUCAAAGGACAUGAGGAAUUGACAGCCUCUGCCCUCUGCUCCUCAGCAACUCUCUGCUUCAGCAGUUUGUAGCUGAGUGCCUGUCUCAGCACCUUGUGUUGACUUUUGAGUCAUCUCUGCUAUAUGCUUUAUGUGACACAGGGGACAGUCUCUGCACGAGCUCUGCUGAAGUCACCUCAUCUCACUGUCUGUCCACUGGUUUCUGUUUUGAGACUGCUUUGCUACUGGAAGACUAAGUAGGUCAUGGAUACCUGCUUUGACCUGAGUGUGGCUAUGCUCCAUGGAUGUUGAAUUUCCAGAGAAAAUCCAGCUGCCCUCAUUGGCCCAGCUGGUGGCAGAGUCCUGAAAGGAACAUGGCAGUUCCCUGUUGACUGUGCUCUGGGUUGAUUGGCAGUCUGCCCCAGGAGUAACUCAGGCCACACUGACUGGAAAUCAGUUGACUGACAUCAGUGAAGCAGUGGUUCCUGAGUUUGAAGAAAAGAGGUCUCCUGCCUGGACGGAGGAGUGUGGGCCUUUCUCCAAGCCGUCUCUGGACAUAUCUUCCCAGCAUCCUCUAACAAAGAUGCGUCAGCUCAAAGGGAAGCCAAAGAAAGAGACAUCGAAGGACAAGAAGGAGCGGAAGCAGGCCAUGCAGGAGGCGCGGCAGCAGAUUACCACUGUGGUGCUGCCUACCCUGGCUGUGGUGGUGCUCCUCAUUGUCGUGUUUGUGUACGUGGCCACACGCCCCGCCAUCACCGAGUGAGCACGUCCAUUCUGCUUUCCUCUGCAGAGAUGUCCGAAAUGCCAAGCUCUGAGCAGGAGUGUCCUGUCUCCUCUGGUCUUUGACUUGAUCAAUAUUUCUCUACUUUUUUUGGGGGGUGGGGGGGAGGAAUAGGGAACAUUUUAUCAGUGAAUGUGCCAUUUACUUGAUGGUCCACUUCAUGUGCCUUUCAGACUUCAAAGCUGUGUGUGUGUGUGUGUGGUAUGUGUGUGUGUGUGCGUGUGGCCCUUUUUCUCCUGAAAUCGAUGCAUCGCUGCCCCUGGGGAGAGCAUCUCUGGGUGAUGCUGUUGGGAUCAGCGUCGCCCUCCCAUCCAGCAGCAUGCUUCCCGGCUCCACUUCACAAGUUUCUAAGGGGACAGCCUUUCUUCUCUGUGCUUGAUGGGAUUUGAAAUAUGUUGACUCAAAGUGAAAUAUUUAUUUUUUGAAUAAAGGAGAUAAUAGUCUUAAA